GAACUCGUAGCGCUACGUUCACGUGAUACAUUUGUUAUUACCGACGUAUAGGUUAUGAUAUGACUUGAAAAUUUAGAAGAAAGACAAAAUGAAUAUUGCCAGCAGACAAUGGAUCCGAAUUUUCGCAACGGAUAUAACGCAUAAUCAGUUUUGUGUUCUUGGGAGAGCUCUCGCUUAUAAAAGUGCUUUUUCUCUUGACAAACUAUACCCUACGAGCAAUAUAAAACUUUACACGCCAACGUUUAUUCCUGAAGAUCCAAAUGCUAAAUUUAAUGGUUACAUACCAAUUAAAGAACUUGAAAUCACAUAUAGCCGUAGCAGUGGUGCUGGAGGACAACACGUAAAUCGUACAAAUAGCAAAGUAGAUGUAAGAUUACACAUAGAAAGUGCUAAAUGGCUAGCAGAGGAUGUUAGAAAUAAAUUGUUAGAACAGCAUAAAAAUAAAUUAUCAAAAGAAGGUCAUCUAAUAAUCAAGUCAGAGUUGACAAGAUCACAACAUUUAAAUUUAGCUGACGCUCUUGAAAAGUUAAGAAAAAUAAUAUGGGAAGCAGCCAAACCACCGUCAAAGAUACCUCCUGAAACUCUAGAAAUGAAAAGGAAACAACACCUUAGAGCAGCAAGAGAAAGACUUUUUGAAAAACGAAAACGUUCUGAGAUCAAACAAUCUAGGAUACCUCCUGUUGUAGACCUUUAAUCUUAUAUGUUGUAUAUAAAUCAAUAUAGUUUUGAAUAAAUAAAGUAUGGUAU